CAACGGCGCCUUUUGGGCGUUUCCUUCCUCUUCCUCCUUUCAUUUCCCUCUCUCUUCUCCUCCCCCAAUCUUGCCUCCAUUGAUCUCAUGGCCCGUCUCCUCUGUUCGGCGCUGCCGAACGACGUCGUCUUCCGCGAGGAUCGACCCUGCCCUACGCCGUCGUCGCCGUCAUUGCCGACCACCAACCCCGAUCCCUCCGUCAUAGCCACCGAAUCUUGGGCCGGAGCAGAGGAGGUAACCCAGGAGAUAGUCUCAAAGAUUCAGCCCACUCUGGCGGCCAACCAGACGAGGAAGGAGGUCAUUCAAUACGUGCAGAACCUCAUCACAUGUAACGUCGGGUGUCAGGUUUUUCCUUAUGGGUCAGUUCCUUUGAAAACGUAUCUGCCUGAUGGUGAUAUUGAUAUGACGGCAUUUGGCAGUGCAAACAUUGAUGAAGUCUUUGCAACUGAUGUGUAUGCAAUUAUGAAGGGAGAGGAGAAUAACGAGGCUGGUCCAUUUCAUGUGAAGGAUGUACAUUACAUUGAUGCCGAGGUUAAGCUUGUGAAGUGCAUUAUACAAAAUAUAGUUGUAGAUAUAUCCUCCAAUCAGUUAGGAGGAUUUAGUACACUGCACUUUCUUGAACAGGUUGAUAAUUAUAUUGGCAAAAAUCAUCUGUUCAAGCGGAGUAUUAUUCUGGUAAAAGCCUGGUGCUACUAUGAGAGUCGUAUUCUUGGGGCCCAUCAUGGUUUGAUUUCAACAUAUGCUUUGGAAACAUUAAUCCUAUAUGUUUUCCAUUUUUUUCAUUCAUCACUGGAUGGCCCUCUGGCAGUCCUUUAUAGAUUUUUGGAUUACUUCAGCAAAUUUGACUGGGAAAACUACUGUAUAAGUUUAAAUGGACCAGUAUGCAAAUCGUCCCUGCCUGAUAUAGUGGUUGAGGCACCAGAAAAUGGGAGAGAUGAUCUACUGCUGAGUGAAGAGUUUAUUAGAAAUUGUGUGGAAAUGUUCUCUGUUCCAUCAAAGGGGUAUGAGACAAACUUGCGAGCUUUUCCCCUGAAGCAUCUUAAUAUAAUAGAUCCACUAAAACAGAACAACAACCUUGGGCGUAGUGUCAGCAGAAGUAACUUCUAUCGAAUAUGCAGUGCUUUUAAAUAUGGAGCUCGCAAGCUUGGUUGGAUUCUUUCGUUACCAGGGGAAUGCAUAGCAGAUGAGUUGCCCAAGUUUUUUGCGAACACUUUGGAUAGGCAUGGAAGCAAUGGUCAGACUAAUGUGCACAAUAAUGCCUUGUCUGGAGGUUCUGAAACUUUGAACAUUUUGUUGGAGCUUGGUGGUGAUUUUGACAGUCAUGGAAUGAACCUGCAAUAUGGUCCCUUUUUCCCUGGAUCUGCUACAUCACCUCCUUUGUUGGAGCUUGGUGGUGAUUUUGACGGUCAUGGAAUGAACCUGCAAUAUGGUCCCUUUUUCCCUGGAUCUGCUACAUCACCUCCUUUGUUGCCCAGUCCUCCCUUGUCACCUCAGCCAUGGAAAGAGAACCCAUGGGGAGGUACGUCUGAAGCCCUUCAGUUCCAUCAGAAUAUUAAUUCUCAAACUAACAUAAAUGGUGUUGAUUGGGGAGUACAUGCGUACCAAGCAAAUGAUUCCACUUUCUCCGUUGCUGCUUUCAGAGGAGAAAAAAGGAAACCCCGAGGGACUGGAACCUACAUCCCCAAUGCGUCUUUUCAGUGUUAUCGUCCCUUUAAGGAUAGGUUGCCUGGAAGGGGAAGGAAACAGGCACCGGGAACUUGUUUCCGAUUUCAGAGACAUGCCUUUGGUUAUGGCUUCACUGUAGCUCCUAAAGAGUCAAUCUCCCCUAGAGACUGCAGCCGAGAGCUCUCGGAAGUGGAGUACCCAGUUCUAGGUCAUGGAAACUCUGCGACAUUAGAUUACCAUCAACCUCAUAUGCCUCUUUGGAAAUCUUUUCAUGACAACAAGUUCUCCAACUUGCCAGUGAAACUCGAAUCUAGAUCCUCAACCCCUCAGUUAUGGGAGGAGGCACCCAUGCCAGAAUUGGACCAUCAAGCGGAGUAUUUUGGAGCCGAUGAGGAGAGGAUUGAAGAACAAUCAUACCACCUGAAAAAUGAAGAUCAGGCAUUCCACCUGAAAAACGAAGAUGAUUUUCCGCCACUCAACUCUCGAGUGCCGUUGAAGGAAGGAUUAUGCGUUGGAGAAUGAAGACAGUGGACUGAGCUUCCGGGAAGACUUUUCCCCCUCACCUUCGAUCUCCUUGGACCUCUGUUAUUAGUUGUUUCGAUGUGGCAUACACAUGUUGUACAUUCUGGUUCGUUUUUGUCGUUACAUAUCUACGCGCACAUUCGUGCGCUUUCAUUGGAACGGGUGGAUGAUGUAUAUACGGGGUAAAGUUGGCCCCUCGGCUUGUCAUUCCCUCCCAAAGUUUCUAGUUUUAAACACACUUCUGAGAAACCUUUGUUAGGUAUCUUUUAGGUUGGUAUACAAAUGAUGAAAUCUAUAAAUGUAACAGGAAAGUUUUGGUUAUGUUGAAUUUUUUUGGUCGAAUGUUAUUUUGAAUCGAUGAAAGUUAAUUGCAGUGAAGUUGAGUUUA